GCAGUGCGCAGGCGCGAGUGGUCGGGCCCGGAGGCGCGCGGCACUCGGUUGAAGCGGGCGAGGAGACCCUGUAGCCGGCGAGCGGGUGACCCAACGACCGAGCGCCUCCUCUGUCCACCAUGGCAGCCCUGCGCUACGCGGGCCUGGACGACACGGACAGCGAGGACGAACUGCCCCCGGGCUGGGAGGAGAGAACCACCAAGGACGGCUGGGUUUACUACGCUAAUCACACCGAGGAGAAGACUCAAUGGGAACAUCCGAAAACUGGAAAAAGAAAACGAGUAGCAGGAGAUUUGCCAUACGGAUGGGAACAAGAAACCGAUGGGAAUGGACAGGUGUUUUUCGUUGACCAUAUAAAUAAAAGAACCACCUACCUGGAUCCAAGACUGGCAUUUACUGUGGAUGAUAAUCCGACAAAGCCAACCACCAGACAGAGAUAUGACGGCAACACCACUGCCAUGGAAAUACUCCAGGGCCGGGAUUUCACUGGCAAAGUGGUCAUAGUUACUGGAGCUAAUUCAGGAAUAGGGUUUGAAACCGCCAAGUCUUUUGCCCUGCAUGGUGCACACGUGAUCCUGGCCUGUAGAAAUAUGGCAAGAGCCAGUGAAGCAGUGUCACGCAUUUUAGAAGAAUGGCAUAAAGCCAAGGUAGAAGCAAUGACCCUGGACCUCGCUCUGCUCCGUAGUGUGCAACAUUUUGCUGAAGCGUUCAAGGCCAAGAAUGUGCCUCUUCAUGUGCUUGUGUGCAACGCAGCAGCUUUUGCUCUACCCUGGAGCCUCACAAAAGAUGGCCUGGAGACCACCUUCCAGGUGAAUCACCUGGGGCACUUCUACCUGGCCCAGCUCCUUCAGGAUGUUUUGUGCCGCUCGGCCCCUGCCCGUGUCGUUGUGGUCUCCUCGGAGUCCCAUAGAUUUACAGAUAUUAAUGAUUCCUCGGGAAAACUUGACUUCGGCCGCCUUUCUCCAUCAAAAAAUGAGUACUGGGCCAUGCUGGCUUACAAUAGGUCCAAACUCUGCAAUAUCCUCUUCUCCAACGAGCUACACCGUCGCCUCUCCCCACGUGGGGUCACGUCGAAUGCAGUGCACCCCGGAAAUAUGAUGUACUCCUCCCUUCAUCGCAACUGGUGGGUGUACACGCUGCUGUUUACCUUGGCGAGGCCUUUCACCAAGUCAAUGGUAAGUGAAUGGCUUCUAGCGCCGUGGGCAUCAUCCAUGUGCCUCUAG